ACUACGCAAGUCCUUUUCCGGCCUCCGUAGCCUCGCCGUGAGUGUGGGCUUUAUCUGCGCUCUGAAAAUCUGGAUAAAUAUGAGCGUCCCGGCUUUUAUCGACAUUACCGAGGAGGAUCAGGCUUCAGAGCUCCGGGCCUACAUCAAAUCCAAAGGAGCUGAGAUCUCGGAGGAGAACUCUGAAGGAGGCCUCCAUGUUGACCUGGCUCAGAUUAUCGAGGCUUGCGAUGUCUGCCUAAAAGACGAUGACAAGGAUGUGGAGAGUGUGAUGAACAGCAUCGUUUCUCUGCUGCUGAUUCUGGAAACGGAGAAGCAGGAGGCGCUGAUAGAGAGCCUGUGUGAGAAGCUGGUGAAGUUCCGGGAAGGCGAGCGGCCCUCUCUCAGGAUGCAGCUCCUGAGCAACCUGUUCCACGGUAUGGAUGAGAACACACCGGUGAGGUACACUGUGUACUGCAGUCUGAUCAAGGUGGCAGCUGCCUGCAACGCCAUCUCCUUCAUCCCCACUGAUCUGGACCAGGUACGUAAGUGGAUCGUUGACUGGAACCUGACCACAGAGAAGAAACACACUCUGCUGAGGCUGGUGUAUGAGGCGCUGGUCGACUGCAAGAAGAGUGAGGCUGCAGCUAAAGUGAUGGUAGAGCUGUUGGGCAGUUACACAGAAGAUAAUGCUUCCCAAGCCAGGGUAGAUGCCCACAGAUGCAUCGUCCGUGCCUUGAAAGAUCCGAACACGUAUUUGUUUGACCAUCUCCUGGCUCUGAAACCUGUGCGCUUUCUUGAGGGAGAGCUAAUCCAUGAUCUCCUGACCAUCUUUGUGAGUGCAAAGCUCGCAGCAUACGUGAAGUUCUACCAGAGCAACAAAGACUUCAUUGAUUCUCUCGGGUUGUCCCAUGAGCAGAACAUGGCGAAGAUGAGGCUGUUGACCUUCAUGGGCAUGGCCGUGGAGAUGAAGGAGAUCUGUUUCGACACAAUGCAGCAGGAGCUGCAGAUCGGUGCUGAUGAUGUGGAAGCCUUCGUCAUUGACGCUGUGCGGACAAAGAUGGUGUAUUGCAAAAUAGACCAGACACAGCGAAAAGUUGUCGUGAGCCACAGCACCCAUCGCACAUUUGGUAAGCAACAGUGGCAGCAGCUGUAUGACACCCUCAGCUCCUGGAAGCAACAUCUGGCCACCGUCAAGACCAGCCUGCAGACCCUCUCUCCAAACGCCUAGCUCAACCCACCUGUUGCAAUUACAUCCAUUUCAGUUUUUAUAUAUAUCUAAAUAUGCACAGUCAAUAAAAGACAAGUGAAGACCAUA